AUGUUAAAUGGGUGGUAUACAGGGGAGAAGUGCCAGUCCCACGUCCUGUGCAUUGAUAAUUUUGCCCGGAGUAUUGGAUAUAACACUUCCUCUGACUUGCCUGACAAAGUUUUGCAGUUUGUUAGAGAUCACCCUCUAAUGGAUAAUUCUGUAAAUCCAAUUGGUAAUAGGCCAGUGCUACUGAAAAGGGGUUCAAACUAUACCAGGAUUGUAGUAGACAGAGUCACUGGCCUUGAUAAACAAACAUAUGAUGUUAUGUUUCUAGGAACAGCCGAUGGAUAUUUGCAUAAAGCUUUCAACUGGGAUGGGGAAAUGUUCAUUGUGGAAGAGCUACAACUGUUUCUGUCUCCAGAGCCUGUACAAUCUCUCCAGCUGUCUUCUAAAAAGGGAAUGCUCUAUGCAGGCUCUCAAUCCCAAGUGGUACAGCUUCCAGUUUCUGAAUGCCACCAGUAUAAAUAUUGCUUAGAUUGCAUCUUGGCACGGGAUCCUUAUUGCGCAUGGUCUCAGUCUUCUAAUGAAUGUGUUCUACUGGCAAAUCAAACUGGUAGUAUGAAGAAUUUAAUUCAAAGUGUUAAAUAUGGAGAUGCUUCCAGCUGUCUUAGUGUAGAAAAUAGCGUGAGGAAAUGUCUAUUUACCCUUGGAAAUAACGUUCAUCUCAAAUGUGUUCCUCUGUCAAAUCUGGCAAGAGUAGUGUGGAUGUUUAAUGGGAGCAGACUUCAGGCUGAGGACUCUAAAUACUUCCUCUAUGAUGGAGGAAUAAUGUGCAUAGAGUACAAGGUACAAGACCUCUUCUAG